AAAGAGAGGAGGGAUUCAGCUGCAUAGAUAGAUUCAUAGCGAGGAUUGGCAACUAUCGGCAUUGAGUCAUCGCUUAGGGAGUUCUAUGUCGGCGCUGGCUCGGUCGGUCAGCCCGCACGAGAACGGGAGCCAGUAACGCAUAGGAUAUCUCUGAGUUAACCUUGGAACCUUGCCACCCUAAUCACCACCACCACCAUGAGCGCAGAAGCCACCCUCAAGGACUUGCCCAAGGUCGACAGUGUGCUCAAGGAACAGCUUGAGGGCUUCUCUCAAGAUAAGUUGAAGAAAACGGACACUACCGAGAAAACUACUUUGCCGACAAAGGAGGAUGUGGAAAACGAGAAGCAGCAUGACAAAUUGAUGCACAACAUUGAGGACUUUCGCAGUGACAGACUGAAGCGCACCUCUACCUCGGAAAAGAUUGUCUUGCCUACUCCUGAAGACGUGGCAGCAGAGAAACAGAGUCAGGCUCUCUUCAAUGCAGUCGAGGGCUUCGAUGCCUCCUCACUGAAGCAUACUGAUACCAAGGAAAAAGUAAUUUUACCAGCAAAGGAAGAUAUUGAAAGAGAACGAACACACCAGAGCAUAUUCCAAGGAGUCACUGAUUUUGACAAGGCUUCAAUGCGACAUGCAGAAACUCAGGAAAAAAUAGCCCUACCCGCCAAAGAAGAUAUCGAGACAGAGAAGACUCAUCAGAGCUUAUUCCAGGGAGUUACAGGAUAUGACAAGUCUCAAAUGCGGCACACAGAAACAGAGGAAAAGGUUGCCCUGCCUGCCAAAGAAGAUAUUGAAAGAGAAAAAGCAGAACAAAAACUUUUCCAGGGAAUUUCUUCCUUUGAUAAAUCAGCAAUGCGUCAGGUCUCUACAGAAGAAAAAAUCUUGCUUCCAACCCAAGCAGAUAUUGAGAGUGAACGUACACACCAGAGACUGUUAGAGCGUUUAGUCUCCUUCGACAAAAAUGAGAUGAAGCCCACAAAAACUGAGGAGCGAAAUGUUUUGCCGUCAAAAGAAGAUAUUAUUGCCGAAAAGGGUCAGCAGGCCCUCUGUGAAGGUAUUGAAAAGUUCGACCCCUCGGGUCUCAAGAAGACGGCAACUGCCGAGAAGAAUACUCUCCCGACUAAGGAAGUCAUUGAAGCGGAGAAGAAAGCUUAAUUGGGUGGAAGUGGCCUCAAGAGUUGCUCCUCCUGUCUCCUCCCUGCUCCCUCAGGCCUUCCUUUUAGGGUCUGCAAGCCAAAAUGUUUUGUACUUUGAUAACCAUAAGUAUAUAGGUCAACUGAUUUUGUAACUUCAUAUCAGAUGCUAUUCUAUUAUUUUUUGCUUUAUUGAUAAAGAAGACGGUGCUCGUUGAUAGCAAGGCGUUGGCAGAAAGUCCUUUGAGGAACUGUUUGAUAGUCAAAGGUUUGACAUGCUUUGCACUCCCUUAUUUUAUGAUCAGCAAUGCUAGUGGACCAAAAAUUCACCUUGCUUUCAUCUCAUAUUUAGAGGAUAGACUUCUCCCAUGAAGGAAAUGGAAAACUGCCAAGUGGUACAAUUUUUUUUUUUUUUUUUUUUUUUAAUUAAAUUGAAGCUGCAUUUGAAUCCCCCACCUUUUUUUUUUUUUUUUAAGUUUCCCCAUUAUGUUAUGGUUAGGAUUUUCUGACUUGCCGUUAAGUAUUUUCUUUCAAAAUCAUUUGCUUUUUGGGGCAUCCAAUUAUAUGUGAUUUUGGGAGUCAAUAAAAUGCUUUUGUAUGUGUUUGUUUAUUUCAUCCAUUAACUCUUGAGUUCAGAUUAUCCUUCCAAUGUAGGUAAGAUUGGCACAUAUCAGAGUUGUGAUAGGAAUCUUCUGAGUAUGUACUAUAUGUUAGCUUGCCAUAUCUCUGAACCAGUGAAGUGGCAUGAACAUAAAAUAUAAAUGUUAAUUUUACUUCGAGAGCUGGAGAGUAAGAUGGUGAGAAAUAAACUGUUAUAAAUGUA